CGGUUUAAAACUUUUGAAGCUAAUCGAAUUGCAAAGAUACAAGAUCUGAUACCACCUCAAAGAUGGAAACACGUUGAUGGUUUACAAAAUCCAGCGGACGUCGGAUCUCGUGGUAUAUUAGCAAAGGAAAUUAAAGAACACCCCCUGUGGUGGACUGGUCCAGAUUGGCUUAAGCAAAAUCAGUCGAAUUGGCCAUCGAAAUUUACUGCACCUCCUUCACUGGAAGCUCUCCAAUCGCUGGGUGUCACGAAAGACUGCUUACAACUAAAAGAGAAAGAAGAAGUUACUCUGCAAACAACGACAGAUACAGCCUCGACGGAGCCUGUGAUUGACAUUACUCGAUAUUCCAGUUACAUUCAACUCGUGAGAGUUACUGCUUGGGUAUUUCGCGUAGUCACCCGUUCAAACCUAUUCAGUUCUACACCACUAGCAGUGUCUGAACUAUCCAACGCUAAAACUUGGUUGAUUAAACAAGCCCAAGCUCAAAUGUUCCCAAACACUAUCAAAUUGUUAAAAAAGAAAAACGCAUUACCAUUGUCGGAUCCCUUGCAAUCAUUGAAUGCCUUCUUGGAUAAAGACGGAUUAUUAAGAAUUGGUGGUCGUCUUUCGCAGUCAAUAAAAGAUUACGAAUCUCAGCAUCCACUGGUCCUUCAUGGAAAGCAUUAUCUGUCAACCUUGAUCAUACAAAGCGAACAUAAACGAUUGUGUCAUGCUGGUCCAAAGCUUACUUUAGGAUCUCUUCAGGAUACCUAUCACAUCAUUAGUGCACGUAGAGUCGUUCGUAAGUUGAUACGUGAGUGUGUAGUGUGCAAGCGAGCAUCUCCAAAGAUAACAACUCAACUGAUGGGUCAACUUCCGUCAGCACGUGUUUUGCCCACCUUUGCCAAUGAGAGAGUCUCAGUAGACUAUGCUGGACCGUUUACACUAAAGAUAGGAUCAGUUCGAAAGCCAACGUGUCGUAAAGCCUAUGUAGCAGUUUUUGUUUGCCUCGUAACCAAGUCGUGUCACAUCGAAUUAGUAUCAGACCUCUCGGCGGAAGCAUUCCUUGCCACACUUCGUCGCUUUGUUUCUCGAAGAGGAAAACCCACGCAGAUUUGGAGCGACUUGUUUUCGACGUACGGAUAA